GGGCAGGCAGGGCGCGCUUUUCCUUCCCUCCGACCUUCCGUUCCCCCUUUUACCCGCACGCCCACUUUUCUCCUCCCUGACCGGCCGCCGCCUUUUGCGUGUCUGUCUCUCGUCCCCGCAGUUCCUUCGGCGGCCCGGAGGAAAAGCAACUGGAAAAGGCAGCGAACGCGAGACGGUCGCUCCAGCCCCGACCCGGGCCGGCCGGCCGGCCGGGCGUGAUGAAGAAGGGUCUUACCCGGCCGCGGCUACGACGGCGGCAGCAGCUAGGCCCCACCGCGGCGUUGCCAUGGAAACGGGCGGCGAGGACGACGACGGCGGCUGCCGAGGGACACAAAGGGUGCCGGAGCGGCGCCUGAGGCGCGAGCGGGUCCCGCCGCUUCUGAGGGGCGCCGCCGGCGCCGCCAUGGAGGUUGGAGGCGGCGGGCCGGGCGGGCCGAGCCAGGCGACUUCCCCUCCGCGCUACCGGCUGGUGGCUGAGAUCGGGCGCGGCGCCUACGGUGUGGUGUACGAGGCCGUGUCCGGGCGCAGCGGCGCCCGCCUGGCCGUCAAGCGCAUCCGCUGCGACGCACCCGAGAACGUGGAGCUGGCGCUGGCCGAGUUCUGGGCCUUGACCAGCCUGCGCCGCCGCCACCCCAACGUGGUGCGCUUCGAAGAGUGCGUCCUCCAGCGCGACGGCCUCGGGCAGCGCAUGAGCCACGGCAACAAGCAGAGCGCCCUGUACCUCCGCCUCGUCGAGACCUCCCUCAAAGGUGAGAGGAUCCUGGGUUAUGCUGAAGAACCUUGCUAUCUCUGGUUUGUCAUGGAGUACUGCGAAGGGGGAGACCUGAACCAGUACAUUCUUUCCCGCAGACCUGACCCGGCCACCAACAAGAGUUUUAUGCUGCAGCUGACAAGCGCCAUUGCCUUCCUUCACAAGAACCACAUUGUGCACAGGGACCUGAAGCCAGACAACAUCCUAAUCACGGAGAAAUCGGGCGCUCCCAUUCUGAAGGUGGCGGACUUUGGGCUCAGCAAGGUGUGCGCUGGCUUGACUGCUCGAGGCAAGGACGGGGGGAACGAUAACAAAAAUGUGAAUGUGAACAAAUACUGGCUGUCGUCUGCCUGCGGCUCAGACUUCUACAUGGCUCCUGAGGUCUGGGAGGGGCAUUACACUGCCAAGGCGGACAUCUUUGCCUUGGGCAUCAUUAUCUGGGCAAUGAUUGAGAGGAUAACGUUUAUUGAUGCCGAGACUAAGAAGGAGCUGCUGGGGACCUACAUCAAGCAGGGGACUGAGAUUGUACCCGUCGGGGAGGCGCUGCUAGAAAACCCAAAGAUGGAGCUGCACAUCCCCCAAAAACGCAGGACUUCCAUGUCUGAGGGGAUCAAGCAGCUCUUGAAAGACAUGUUGGCUGCUAACCCACAGGACCGACCCGAUGCCUUUGAGCUUGAAUCCAGGAUGGACCAGGUUACAUGCGCUGCUUAAACUCAGGUCAGAGUGUUGGUGUACUUUGAAAACUGGGGUUUUCUUACCAGGGACCUACAAUCUCCGUGACUUACAUGCAUAAAGAAAAGCUGAGGAUGAUCCAGGUCAAGCAUCAGGAUCUCUGGCAACAUGAAGCUUCGAGGUUCUUCUUAAAAGUCACAUGAGACCCAUUAAGAAGAGCAGGACCUAUUGUAAUCCAUUUCAUUAUUGAGACUAAUUAUUAAAGUUUUUCAAAUUUGCAUCCUCCCUUCCCUUUUCCCCCUUCCUCUCCCUUCUGCUCGCUCACCUUUGCUGAUCAACUAAAUCUGUGCACGUACUUCUGGAGGAUUCCUUUUUACUUAAACAAAAUACUGGGGGGGAAAUCUGCAAAGCAUUUUUUUUCUACUGCUGCUAAGUACUGGAACUCUGGGCCAAGAUGUAUGUCAGGUCUGUUCUUUUUAGUGCUGUUUUUUCAGGAAGAGAUUCAGAUGAGAGGUUGAGACCUAGAGCAAAACACAAUUUGUCAUCUCUGACGUUGCUGCUUCAUAGGGAAAAAAGAGUGAAUUGGGAUAAGCCUUUCUCUCUCACUUUCUAAAAAGUGUCCUUCACCAGUGAAACUUGGCAAUGAGAAGUCUGCUUUAAAACAGGAAAGUACUUCUUUUAAAAAAAAAUGUGGCCUCAGCAUUAGAAGCUGUGCAGUAGCUGUGAGAAAUGCCUGCAUUUCUGUGUGCCAGGUUUCACAGGUCAAGAAUAUAGUGGUAUUUGGAGGAGAUGGAGAGAGUUUGCACAUGGCGGUGCUUCCUGCAUGCAGGUGGUUUGUCUGCCCUUCAAAAGCCCACCCCUCCCCAAUGGUGUUGAUGGCUUCCUUGAUUAUAUAGCUUGAUCAGUGACCAAGAGAGCCUGGAGCAUCAAGCUGAUUCCUUAACGUUAGGGCUCGUUUUGUUGCUUUGACUUGGCAGAUCUUGCUUAGAUCUGCCUCACUGUAAAUGUUGAUGUAAAGCCUAGCCCCUGUCUUGCCCGCAAGGUUUGUAUGCACUAUAUACACACACACACACACGAGAGCCCCUUGUAGUUGUCUGGGUUGAAACACCAUUACUGUUCUGUGUUUCCAUUUCCUUAACAGGCUAGUUGGUGUUCAAUCCAUUGUUCCUGCAGGUCUAGUUGAUCUCUUCCAACUAUGAGUAGGUCUUUACACUCAGCUUACCAAUUGCUGUAGAGAAAGAUUCUGCUCCUGUCCUCUUCUCCUGUUGGUCUUGAGGGGCAGUGGUGAUUAUGAUGAUGCUACUAACAGGGAACAUGGCUGCUUCUUCCGUACACUCUCCUUAAUUCAUGGCAGUGAAGGAGAUUGCUUGACCGAGGCGGUUCAGCUUAGUUGACCAUUUGUGGGGAUCUACCUGCAGGGUUACCCACAUAACGUUUACACUGCUGAGGCUAAUGGCUGUGGCUGUAGCCAGUAUUGGAGAUACUUUGGAGGAGAUGCUAUGCUGUUUUGCGACUCUUGGAAGGCAUUGUUCCAUAAAACAUUAGUCAUGAGGGUGCUGCUCUUUGCAUCCACUGUUACAUGCCUUUCUGGGAUGUGGACAGCCACAACCAGAGCGAAAAUAAACCAGGUUCAUUCCUGGGAAGGCUUGCCUGUGGUUUUCAAGGCCCGACGUUUCCAAGUCCUCUUAGUCUUGGCUGGAUUUUCUAAUGCUGAAGAUCAAUUUGCAUUGAACUGCUUUUGCUCCCCCCUCAAAAACAAAUCACUUAAGUAGCAUGGGUUUUUUAUUGGAUCAACAUUUUAGGUGAGAAAGGGGUAGUUUGUUGCAAGCCCAGAAGGCCCUGACAAAAGGAGUGAAGAGUCCUCACUACUUAAUAGAUAGAAAAUCUAUGGUUGCAAGAACUAGGGAUAAGCUCUAGCCUUCUUGCUCUUGAUCUAGGCCACAAUCUCUCUCACGCUCUCUUGCUCCCUUCAACUAGGGGCAGCUAAUGUGGUGCCCUCCAGAUAUUGUGCUACAACAUCUGGAGGGCACUACAGAGGCUAUCUGUGGUUUGAGGGAACUAAAAUUCCCAUCAGCCCACAGCAAGCAUGGCCAAUGGCCAGGGGUGAUGAGAGCUGUAAUCCAGCAACAUCUGGAGGGCACCACAUUGGCUACCCCCUGCCUUAGACUGUAAAUUAUUCACAUCAACUAACUAGAACAGGUGGGCAACCUUUGGCCUUCCAGAUGUUGCUGGACUACAGCUCCUGCCAUCCCUGACCAUUGGCCAUGCUGCUGGAGCCCAACAACAUCUGCAGGAGAAGAGCUUUCCUGUCCCUGGACUAGAAUUACAUCCAGCCGAGCGCUAGGCAGGGUCCUAUCACCACACAAGUGAUUACCAAAAGUGCAGUGGGACUUUCUUCCCCUGAAUCUGUUCUAGGACUUCCACCAAACCUCCAGAGCCUUUUUUUGGGGGGGGGGGUCCCGUUCUGCUAGGGGUAUCUUUGUGAUGACGGGACAAGUUAGUUAAAUGUCACCCUAGACGUAUUCCAUGGGGUGCACAGGCCUUGCCCCUCCUGUCCCAGAACCAAUUGCAGCCAGUAAAAACAGCAGCCUGAAGAUGGGGAGGGAAUGUUGAAAUGGCCCCGAGUCUCAUUACCAUGUUUCCCCCCCAAGCAAUUCAUCCUCUGCUCCUGUUGCAAUUCCACACAACCAUGGUUGUGACCAGAACAGUCACCUUCCAAUUGGUGAGAUGUGUUGAUGAGCAGAAAUGGUCUUUCAAGAAGUUUCAUCAAGAGUUGCUGUGGAGUUUGCAGCUCGUCUGGCUGGCAGCCCUCAAAUGGUUAUCCAAGAGAAUAUCCAUGACCUUUUUUGACUGUUCCAUCAGCUGUCACAGUGCAGUGGGAUGAGGACAGCGUUCUGAUUCUCUUUUCCUGAAAUCAGAGGGGGUGAGGAACUGGUCAGCCCAGCAUUAACACUCAUAGGACCAUUUACAAUCAGUUGCAUCAGGCUGCAGGUCAGAUCCUCUGGCACAACCUGUAUUAACCAGUUCAUAUAUUUUUUUACUCCUACCAAGCAAGCUGGUUUCCUUCCUUUUCCCCAGAGCAUCCAUGUGUAGGAAUCUUCUGUCAGAAUAAAGUAGCCCUUGCAUUUCACUUCUGCUCCUUUGAAGGUGGGGGGAGGAAUCCAUGGGGAUGGAUGCACAACCCAAUCCCUGUGGAAAGCUCUGCAGGCAAAUACAAACCCUUAGCCAAGUUCAUCCUGGUUCCUUGCUACUUCUGGGACUUCACGCGCACACCCCUCUCUUGCAUUCAUGCUGCAGUUAAUGGUUGUGCGCUUGUGGUGGUAGCUAGCCCAUAGUGCCUUUACUGGAGGGCUUGAAGGACUCUUGCAGGGGCGGGAUCAGGCCAAGGGAAGAGGAGGUUCUCUUUGUCUUGUAUUUCAUUGUUACUCCCAGGGUCUUCUCGCUUCCAUCUCCUCUCAGGUAGCUGUGUUGGUUGCAACACACUUUGGGGGGGGGAUCUAAAUGGGAGCAACAUACCCUUUUUGGAAGAAUAUACGCACGGGUUUCUCUUGAGGAAACCACCUGCCCUACCAGGUGCCCCAGUGUCUGCCUGCUGCCUCAUUUUGGGUUUUUUGCAUGAAUGUUUCAUGGUGCUAUAAGCAGUAGGGAAGAGAUUCUCGGGAGGCCAUGGAUCCUGGUCACUGUAGCCUGUGUUUGCACAGGGGUGUCUCCCAACUUAAAUCAAAACUCUCUUAGCUUGGAUGAAUUUGGCAUGGGAAUUGCUAGCUCCUUAACUAAGGAAUGUGAAAUAUCACCGAGGGUCUGUGGCAUAGAGUUCUUUUUCUUUUUGGUUAACUGACAUGUUUUUCUUGUGCAAUUGUAGUGUUUACAUCUAACUGCCAUUUACAAUGAGUGAGUUGGGCUAGAACUUGCCAGAUGUCUUCUCGUAUUGGUGCAGUAACUAGUAGAGGGAUUGUGGGGUGUAUCUUACACCGGGCUCCAGCCCAUUCCAAGGGCCUCUUCUACCACCAAUACCACCUCCCCUUGCUUGAAUUCUUUGUUUAUGUAUAUUGCAGGGAUAGGCGAGCCUACAAAACUUGGCAGCGCUUGCAUCUUUUCUCCAAGGGUAUAGUGGGUUCCAUCACCUUCUGUAACAGAAAAGCCCCCUGUAAAGUUAGUAGGGAGAAUGAGGAUAAGGUGAUUCUUAUCCUCACCACAGGGGGCAACUUCUCCACUUGCCACUGCUGAGCAGCUAAUUGCAACACUCCUAAGUCAUACUACUGCCACCACCUUAAGCUGUAUUAAAGUUCCUUUUUGAGGACACUGAUAUUGUGGGUAGAACCAGGGCAUGAAAAGUCAGGUCGCAGUGGGAUUAUCCAAAAUGCUGUUCAUAUGUUACUAGUUGAAGACUUUGGGCUUUCUAUUAAGCAUGGAAGCGGCUGGCUGGCUGUUGGUAAUGAUGGCCCAGGACAGUUUUCACUGGGGUGGUUGGAUGAUGGUCCUUCCUUAGCCCAUGUGCCUGCGUUAAGGAAGACAGGCCAGCAGUCCCUGGGCCAGGAGUGAACAUUUCCAGUUAAACCUAGGAGCUCCUGAGGGUGGCCACACACAGCACUCACCUUCCCACUAGUGAACAGAAAUUGUAGCCCUAGUUGAGACCAUUUCUCUGCACCUUUUAUCAAGAUCACAAGACCAGCUGUGUGAAGGCAAAAGGAGUCCAAGCCACAGUCCUCCCAUCUUGGGGAGGACAUCUCACAGGAAGCCCACCUCUUUCUAAGCUAAUGUGGCUGUUCCCCUGGCAACUUCUAACCCUUUGUUGCACCUUUGAUAUCCCUAUGAACCUUGUGUUGCCCUUUGGCGGAAGAGGUCAAGAGGCAUUUGGGGGUUGAAUUCAACAUCGUGCUAAGGAAUUAGUUCCGUCAGCACAAGAAUUUCUGCUUACGUAACAGUUUCUUUUCCCUAUGCACCCCCUAAAUCUGUUUUAGGGAUUCCCCAACCCUCUGGAGCAGGAUGGGGGGAGUGCAAAGGGGGAGGAGAGGGACAGGAAAGUCCUGUUACGCUAGUAGUAAUCCUUGUGCUGAUGGGACUCGCUAGUUGCAUAUGCCCAGCAGUUGUAGUUCCCCUCUUGUUCUGCUGUUUAGGGACUGAGGUGCUUACAGUGGAUGGCAAUUGACUUCCUUCUUCCUUUGUGCUUUAGUUCCUUUAGGAUCGCAUUCAUGCAUCUCCAAACAUUGCCAGAAUCUUUUUUUAUACAGCAAUAAACAUUCCCCUACCAUCACAACAGAGAGAGAACACAAUCUCUAUGAAUUCCUUGUAUUUCUCUCUCUCUUUCUUCCCCACCCCCCAACUCUGUGUAUGCAGUUAUCUAGUCUGGAUUUAACCUUUCUGGGUUGCACUGUGUCACAGCUUACACUUUAAGCAGCAAGGGAUGCUUUUCACCUAUGCUGCUUUUGUCUUCUCGUUUCAACAAAAAUGCAUCUUGAAAGCAAUGCACCCAAGAUAUGGAAUUGUUAUCUUUGAACACCUCUUCCAUUGAAGGUUGUGUGGGGGAGGCCAUGUAUGCAUAGUUGGGAACUGGAUUCCCCCUCUCAAAAACAGACCUCUGGCCAACCACAUUGCUUUGGACCAGGCUGUUGAAACCCCCCCCCGUGGCACCUGUCACCACGUGUUGUUCCACCUACCUAUGUGAGUCAGAUGUAACUAGAGUGGAUGGUUAAUGGCAUGGUGGCAGCACCUUGCCGAUCACCUUGGAAAUGGCUUUAUGGAUCCCUGGCACCAUUUGUGUGUGCAGCCUGGACCACUUCCUUGGUAUUAGUCUUCAUCUGGGCAUCCUAACACAAGCAGCAGCUUUCAGCUGGCCGGAGUUAAGAAGCUGUCCAGAUUGCUACUGUCUGGAUUGCUUUUCUGCCAGGCACUUAAGUCACAGAAUGUCAGUGCUCGACAAGCAAGGUGGAAAAGCUACCUCAUUCCCCCCACACACACACAGUUGGGUAAACAGUGGCUGGAUGUCCCCAUGCUGGUGUGUGCUUUCAGUGUUGCAAGGUAGCCAAGUAGAAGGCAAGCAGGAAACAUUUGGAUCACAGACACAAUUCUCGCUCAGGGGGACAACCUGGGCACCACUUCAGAGGACAGGUGUGGACUCUGGUAUGGACUUCUCUAAUGCCACUUUCCAUCUCCACAUAGGAAACUGGUAUGUCGGGGGAAUUGGUCGUAGCCUUCUCCCUGCCCUGCACCUAGUUCUCUGAGCGGAGGGGAAUCUGCUUGUAUGGAGGAGCAUCCCACUAGGCAACCCCCACCUGCAGUCUGAAAUGGUGUAGCAAAGGUGAGCCACCUUAGUGUGAACAGGGCCAAAGUCCAACCUCUUCUUCCCCGCAAACUCACCCUUUUUUUCCCCACUUGCUCCAUUUGCAAUCCAUCUUGAACAUGACAGAACAUGGAAUUCUUAAACCUGGAACGCUAAGUGCAACCAGAAAAGGGUUAAGCCCAGACUCCAAAAUGCAAUUCCAGUUUUAAAAUCUCUCUCUUUUUCUUUGCACAGAAGCUGGUAACCUAGGACCUGUGUGUGUGAACAACUUUGUAUGUUGUUGUUUUUUUAAAAAAAAAGCUAUUUGGUUUACUUGGGUUGGUGUGCGACAUUGUAUUUAAGUUUCUUGAACACUGUGGAAACCCUGAUUGUGUAUGAAUGGCAGCAGCUUUGUAAAUUAAAGAAACGUUUGUGUGAAUAAACGUAGUGGAUGGGGUUGAAAAGCCAUACCCAGUUUUGAAA